AAAGGAAGAAAGAAAAGAAGCAAAGCACACAAAUCUGAAGCAGAGAAAACAGGACACAGCUCAAACUGAGGAAUUCAAACUACUGAAAAAAUAAAUCAAGACUAGGAGAACAGCAACAGCAUCUCGCAACAGAAACUGGUCUGAGGAUGUGGAUGAUUGUGGGUGUGGUCUGUCUUUCUCAGUGCAUUAUGGGUCAGCUGCUGGAGGCCAGGUCCAAAGGAGCCCCACCUCAGUUUAUAUGUAGCAUUCCAGGUUUGCCAGGAGCACCGGGAAAGACCGGACCCCCUGGGCCUCGUGGGGAGGAUGGCCAUGUCGGAAUCCCAGGAAGAGAUGGGAGGGAUGGACGGAAGGGGGAAAAGGGUGAAAAAGGCGACCCAGGGCUCAGAGGUAGAGUCGGGCCAACGGGAAAACUCGGGGAACGUGGAGAGAGAGGUUUCAUUGGGAAGCGUGGACCUGAGGGUGAUUCCGGAGAUUUAGGGCCUCCUGGUCCUCCAGGACGUCUCGGACAGAAGGGUGACAAGGGCCAACGAGGGCCUCCGGGAGAACCAGGCAUCUGCAAAUGUGGAAGUUUGGUUCCCAAAUCAGCAUUCUCGGUAGGCAUCACCAGUAGCUAUCCCACUGAAAAAGCACCUAUCAAGUUUAACAAAGUCCUGUUUAAUGAGGGUGGCCACUACAACCCAGAAACGGGAAAAUUCCUCUGUGCUUACCCCGGAAUAUAUUACUUUUCUUAUGACAUCACUCUGGCUGACAAGCACCUGGCCAUCGGGUUGGUUCAGAACGGACAGUACCGGAUAAAGACGUUUGAUGCCAACACAGGAAACCAUGACGUGGCAUCUGGCUCAACAGUGAUGUUUCUCAAUCCAGAGGAUGAGGUGUGGCUGGAGAUCUUCUACAAGGACCAGAACGGCCUGUUUGCUGACCCUGGCUGGGCUGAUAGUCUUUUCUCUGGGUUUUUGCUUUAUGCAGAUACAAACUAUAUGGAUACAUUGUCGGAAGACUACUAAUAGCUACUGUAACAUCAAUUAAUAGCGCUAUCUUGGAUUGAGUCAGGCUGUUUUUUCAGCAUCUCACACCAUGGACGACACAUUUUUAGACACUGUUUCCAUGUUUUACAAAGCAGUUGUAUAGUAAGAAAAUGUACAUGUCACAGAAAUUCUGCAUUCAGCUGAGCUAUUUUUGAAUGCAAAAAAAAAUAAAUAAAUAAAUAAUUGUCCAGUGUAAAUGGCCUCUAACUUGCUGAAAGUCACCAUUUAUAUUGUUGAUGCAAAAUACUGAAAAUUAAAAUCCUUUUUGACACUGUUGUAUAUGCAUUCCUAUAUACAUUUAGGCCCUAAGGCUAAAGGUGUCAACUGGAGUUUUAACCAUUUUAGGCUGAAAAUGCUUUUUCCACAUUUAUUUGGAAGUAGAUUUUCCCACGUCUUCCAUUUUUUGAACAUACCAGUAUGAUGCCCACAGCAUAUUCACACUCAUCGAUCCCACUUAAAAAUAUAUGUAAACAUAUUUUAAGUGUGGAUUUUGAAUUUUUAGUAAGUAAAUAUUUAAUAUUAAUAAAAGUAGUUACCCUUAUGGAAAAAAAACAAACAAACAAAAAAACACAUGAAUAUCACACAUGCAAUAAAAUAACGUGAAAUAUAUGCUUUGCACAUGAGAAUCAUGUGGUUUUGGAAUAUUUUGAUGGUGUAAAUGUAAAACAUUUCCACGUUUUCACAGGGGGUUUUAAGUGUUUCAUGUAAAAUUAACAUGUGAUUACACCUAAUAUUUGUGUAGUUUUUCUGCAAGUGUAGCUGCAUUUUUUUUUUGUAAAAUGUUUACUUAUUACAUGUACAAAAUAAAACAACAUAUUUAUGUUAAUGUGAAAUAUAUUGUAUAUUAUACAAAGUGUAUAUAUGGGACUCUGGACCACAAAACCAGUCAUAAGUGUCAAUUUUCUUUUUGAAAUUGAUGUAUAAAUUGAGAUUUACAUCAUCUGAAAGCUGAAUAAAUAAGCACUCAAUUGGUGUUUGGUUUGUUAGGAUAGAACACUAUUUGGUUAAGAUACAACUAUUUGAAAAUCUGGAAUCUGAGGGUGCCAAAAAAUUCAAACAUUGAGAAAAUCGCCUUUGAAGUUUUGAUAUGUUUAGAGUAGAAAAUUAACAAAAUGUCUUCAUGGAACGCGAUCUUUACUUAAGAAAAUUUGAUAAUUUUGACCCAUACAAUGUAUUUUUGGCUAUUGCUACAAAUAUAUCCGUGCAACUUAAGACUGGUUUUGUGGUCACAUAUUGUUUAAUUUGCUGACCAACAAA